AGGUGGCGCGUUUGCUUCCGGGGCCAAAGGAGUUUCAUUUCCGGGAGGAGCCGGCAACGCUAAUAGCUGGCGCUGGAGGAAGUGUUUUCGGCCCUUCGUGGUCCCGGGCCUCGGUCCGGGGAAGCUAGGCAUGAAGAUCACGAGGCAGAAACAUGCGAAGAAGCACCUUGGCUUCUUCCGCAACAAUUUCGGAGUUCGCGAGCCGUACCAGAUCCUGCUAGACGGUACCUUCUGCCAGGCGGCGCUGCGGGGCCGCAUCCAGCUGCGGGAGCAGCUGCCCCGCUACCUUAUGGGGGAGACGCAGCUGUGCACCACCAGGUGUGUGUUAAAAGAGUUAGAAACAUUGGGAAAGGACUUAUAUGGGGCAAAACUGAUCGCACAAAAAUGCCAGGUUCGAAACUGUUCCCAUUUCAAGAAUGCAGUGAGUGGAUCAGAAUGUCUGCUUUCCAUGGUUGAAGAUGGAAAUCCGCAUCAUUAUUUUGUGGCAUCACAGGAUCAGAAUUUGUCUAUGAAAGUAAAGAAAAGGCCCGGAGUUCCUCUUAUGUUUGUUAUUCAGAACACUAUAGUCCUGGACAAACCUUCACCCAAAACAAUUGGCUUUGUCAAAGCAGUCGAGGCAGGCCAGCUUGUCUCAGUUCACGAGAAGCAGAGUAUCAAGCAACUCAAGGAAGAACAGGGUUUAGUGACAAACCCUGAGCAGAGAAGAAGAAAAAAGCGUAAAAAAGUAAGUGGCCCCAAUCCUCUUAGCUGUUUGAAGAAAAAGAAAAAAGCACAAGAUUCAAAACCAUCUGCCUCUGAAAAGAAAAGAAAAAGAAAAAGAAUCAGGAACAGAUCGACCUCCAAAGUACUUUCUGAAAAGGAGAAUGCAGAAGGAUAAGGAAUCCUUUGGAUACUUUGAAAGACACUCAAACGUGGAAAAGUAAAUUUCUUUUUAAAACUGGAAGUACUUAGGAUAAAAAAAACCCUAUUUUUGUAAAUGGAUAUUGACCCAUUGUCUUUGCCUAAAAUUAUUUAUAAAUAAAAAACAAAACAGUUAAUGGGUUUAGGAGAUUGUUUUUUGGAGAUUGAGCGUUGAUGUCAAACUAUUGUCUCUCUCUGUCUCAUCAUCACCCCUCACCCACCAGGCAACAUUGUAUGGAAAUAGUUUAAACAAUCAAAUAGUGUCAGAAGGCUUGUGGCAAAAAAA